AUGGAGACAGCAGUUGGGCCAGACAACUUUACAUCGAAGUCCCAUGUGGUGGAUGAAGAAGGAGAAGUAAUUGUGAUCAGCGAAGACCGUGUGGUGGAUGAUACCUACCGUGUGGAUGGCUUUGAGAUCCACGAUUUUGUGAAACAAAAGGACUGUGUAACAUUUAGGACAAAUGUUAAAAGUGAAGAGGACUUUGAACGCUGGAAAAAUGCAUUUUUCCUAAAGAAUAAUGUGUGCUUCAAUUCAUUCAAGAUGUUCUCUGUAGGAAAAAUGAAAUUAUUUCGCCAACAACUGAUGUGUCACCAUGGCAAAGAGACCCACGCGGGCAUCAAGAAGACCUACACAGGUUGCAAGGUGUUCAUGGAUGCUACCAUCCGGUUGGUUCAUGCAAGAUCUCCUGAAGAUAUAAGAAGUUUUCCAUGCUUCAUGAAGAUUACUGGACAGCAUAACCACCCCUUAGAUACAGCUGAUGUAUUAAAUCAGCUGAGAGUUUCUCCAUGCACCAGAGAGAUGUUUGAAAACUAUUUCAGACAAGGAAUCUUUUACAGAAUGGUGCAGUUAUUGCAUCUUCUCCCCUCUACCCAAGCAAAAAGUAUGGCACCUGGACAAGCCUACAGGCACCAUUUGCUGAAGAUGGAACUCGACGAAGACUUGUACAAUCAAGCCAAGAAAUCAAUAAAUCCUUCUCCGAAGUCCGUCGAGUAUAUGUGGAGUACAUGGAAGAAAAAGGAACAUGGAGGACUGAAUACGCCGUCAAUGUUUGAUGCCAUCAAGACAUACGCUGAAAAAAUCCGACCUCAUUAUAAAGAUACACAAUGA